AUGGUCAAGCGCAAGCGUAACGAUACCUCCAAGGAGGACAAGCCUGUUGAAACCCCCGCCAAAACAGUCAAAUCGGCCCCGACCCCGUCGCAAGCUCCCGAUGCAGUUGUUACCAUCCAAGUGGUUACAGGCUCCUACGAACGAGUGCUGCAUGGAUUCACGGCUGGUUUCGCGGCCUCCACUUUGAACACCAAGGACGAAGCUUCUAACGAGUCCGAUCCUUCAAUUCAAUGCGUCGACACUUUCUUGUUCGAGGCCCAUGCUGUACUCUCUUUCAGCCGCUCCCCCGCCGUGAGCGAUGAAUACCCUUCGGUGCCGACAUUGGCCGGAAACAAAAUCCUCGAGAACCCCAAGAACCGUGAGCUAGGAUCGUUGUUGCACCACUCGGCCAGCAUUACUGCCCUUAGCUUCCCCUCGCGCAGCAAGCUGCUUGCAGCCGGUGAGGAUAAUGAAAUUUCCAUCUCCAAAACUCGUGACUGGUCCGUUGUCUCGACCAUCAAAGCUCCACACCCUAAGGUCCAAGGCCGCCCCAGCGGUGACACAGCGCCGCCAGGUGCAGCUCCAUCUGGUGUGAACCACUUUGCGGUCCACCCCAGUAUGAAGUUGAUGCUGAGCGUGGGCAAGGGUGAGAAGUGUAUGCGACUCUGGAACUUGGUGACGGGCAAAAAGGCCGGUGUGUUGAACUUUGGACGAGAGAUUCUCGUGAGUGUCAAGGAGGGCAAAUGGAGUAGUGGAGAGGGUCGCCGUCUGGCAUGGAAUGCCGCCGGUGAAGAAUUCGCAGUGGCUUUCGAAUGGGGUGCCGUGGUUUUUGGAGUUGACUCGACUCCCAAGUGCAGACUUCUCCCCAGCCCUCGAAGCAAGAUUCACCAAAUGAAAUAUAUCUCUUUGGCCGGUGACGAUGACGAGAAGAAAGACCUUCUCGCCGUCUCUACAGAGGAUGGUCGUGUCAUCUUAUAUUCGACUACGGUUCUGCAAGAUGCCGAGGAGGGUGAUGACUCUACCAUUCCCCACGCUACUCCGGUGGCCCAGGUUGGUGGCAAGCAAGCAGGUCUUCCCGGUCGUAUCAAGGAUUUCGAGGUCUUGAGCCUGGAGGAGCAGGCAUCUGAGAUCAGCAACGACUUCCUGUUGGUGACUGGAAACAGCGAUGGAGUCGUUCGUGUGUGGAAGGUUAAUGGAAAGUCUCUGGUUCCUGCAAAGAAGUCGAAGGAUACAAUUCGCCAAACUGGCAAGCUCCUGACGACAUAUGAGACCGGAAACCGCAUCACAUGCCUGGCAGCCUUCAUUAUGCUGCCGGCUGAGGAUCCUUCGACUCUCUUUGACUCGGCGGAUGAAGAGUCCGAAGAGGAAGAGGAGGAAUCUGAGAGUGAUGAGGAUGACGAGUGA